AUUUCCUUCUCAGAGAUUAAUUACUCAUUUCUAUUAUAUAUUUUGGUUAUUUUCUACCCUACUGAACUUGGGCACGAUCGGAGUAGAGAAGGAGCCAACAACUUAGAAGGAUUUCGAUCCGACGAAAAGAUGGAAGUGGGUGAGAUAAAGUUUACAUGGAAAAUAAAGAAUUUCUCCAAGCUUGAUUCGCGGAUGCUGUACUCAAACGUCUUCUCCCUCGAAGAUUACAAAUGGCGGAUACUAGUGUACCCCAAGGGCAACAACAAGGUGGAUCAUUUGUCAAUUUAUCUAGACGUUGCAGAUUCAGCGACUUUGCCCUCUGGUUGGAGUCGAAAUGCAGAAUUCUCCUUGACUGUUGUCAACCAAAUUGAUAACAACUCCUCAGUUAGACAAGCUACAGAGCAUAAAUUUUGUGCAGAUGAAGCUGAUUGGGGCUUCACUUCAUUCAUCCCUCUUAAGGAAUUGCAUGAUCUUGGAAGAGGUUAUUUGGUGGAAGAUACAUGUAUAAUUAAGGCUAAUGUUACUGUAUUCCGCGAUGAGUCACAUGGUUCAAGCAAAGAGGCCAGAAAUGAGAUAGCUAAUGGAUGUAAAGUGGCCAUAAGAAACUCAACUAAAGAAGAUAUUGAUGCAUUCUUCGUGGAUUUGGAGUCUGAGAUUUCUAGUAUUAACAAUCUUUCCUCGAAAGUUGGAGAAGAAGCGUUGACAGUGAUAAGGAAUACCUUGAACAUGGAUCCAGCUGACUCAAAUGAUCCAGGGAGAAUUUCUCAAAUAAAAACUGCAUUUGAUGUUUUAACUUCUCUUGAUGAUUACUCUGUACUUACAGCUGAGCAAAAAGAAGAAUUACUAAAUAUGAAGGAAAAAAUCGUUGACUUCCCUGAGAGAGCAGCGAAAGCAGCGAAGGACAAGAAUCUGUUUAUGCAGAAGGAAUUUGUUAAGAAGACGCUUGGUCAGAAGCUGGGGAAGAGUCUAAUUGAAUUCAGAAAGACUAAGGAAGAAAUCGAACAGCAGGAACGACAGAUUGCCAACCUCCAGGAGCAAGUUGAUGCCCUCCUUGCUCAAAUUGGUGAGGCACAAAAGAAGAAAGACAAUAUCUCGUCCCAGCAGAAAGAGAUGUUUGAACUUUCCAAGGACUUGAAAGCUGAACUUGAAGUGCUAGAAAAGCAGUGGCCAGAGUAUGAAGCAAAGAAGGAGGCUGCUGAAGAGGAGGACAAGAUGGUUAGAACAGAAUGGCAAAAAAUGAGACAGUUUGUUUCAUCUCUAAACAAAUAUUUCUAACUUAGACUGCCAUAUUAAUGCUUUUGUGUUGAAUAUUUGGUUUGUAAAUCGAGGUUCCAAAACUAUAAAAUAAAAAAAAGGUGUCAAA